ACGAUGUACAUAGAUUAUAAUUCCGGAGACUUUUUACACGCCUACGUGAUUGCCAAGUUUCGGGAGCAUAUUGUAGUUAAAGGCAAUAAUUCUAGUUUAAAAUGUGCACGUCUUGGUUAACAUAUAGAACUCUCUAACUCCCAAUAAUUAAAUUUUAAGCAACAAAAGCAAUAACAAAAAAAAAAGAAAAAAAGAAGGCAAUUCGCGUCCACACAAAUACAAGUACAAUAACUGCGAGACAUUUUAGUCCAUUUGCUACAAAAAAUAUGGCGAAGGCGAAUUAGUGCAAUCUUGGAAACUUUCAUAUGUACAUACAUAGUUAAAAUUGAUAUAUAUUGUGUUCAGAGUGAAGCCAAUCAAAGGACCCCAGCAAAAAGUGAGAGAGGAGGACAUUGCUCAAAGUCAAAGCAUUAGCAGAACGAAGCGACGCCACAAAGCGGCAUACGGAGAAUACGGCAAAAGGAGAGCAAAAGCAAACGCAAAAGCAAAAGCGACGGGUCAAAAGUCAAGUGCAUACUGUGCGGGGGGCAGUACUGAAGGAAUAUGCGCCCGUUGUAGAACCAACUGAAGAAGAAGAAGAAGAAGAAUAGGAAGAAGCAGAAACAAUAAGCAAUAUUAUAAUAAUAGCAACUAGGAGCCAACAAAUACCACAAAGAAUAACGCAUGCGUGGGUAGCCGAGGUCGACUCAAAGAUGUUGAUAAUUUUUCUGCCUGACGCUGCUGUUGCUGCCUUAAUGACAGUUUAAUAUCAACUACCUCCAACAAAAAUAAAAGCAACAAUAAAAUUACAUAAAAGAAUUACACGUAAGAGCAGCAGCCUUUGCCUAGCUACACUCAGUGACGGCAAGACGAACGCCACCUACCGUCGACCGUACGCACAACACGAUAGCGAGAGUCUGAGCAAGAGCCCCAAACGUCACAAUAACAUAAAAAAAAAAAACAAAAAAAAAAAGCAAUACAAACAACGGCAAAACAAAAAACAAAUAAUAUUCAAAACAAAGGCCAGCGAGACACCUAGACGCUUGCAUUGCACAUGUGCAUGUGUGUGUCGGUGUGCGUGUGCUUGUGCGUGUUCGUGUCGGUGUCCGUGUCCGUGUGCGUGUCGGUGUUUGUGUGGUAGUAGUAGUAGUUCGUGGUGCUGUUACCCGUUCCCCUCCUGCUACCACCACCCAUACACGAACCGGCAACUGGGGCUCCGGUGGGCGGCGGAUCCGUGAUUAACUGUUAUCACGUUGCCUUGCCCGCCAAUAUGGCGUGCCUUAACACACUAAAGCAAGAAAUCAAAACACUGGAGAAAAUCUUUCCGAAGAACCACGAACGUUUUCAGAUACUCAAUUCCAGCGUUGAUGAACUUUUGUGCAGGUUCAUCGAUAAGAAUGGCAAACGUUACGACAUACAUGCUAACAUAACGGAAACGUAUCCAUCAUCGCCGCCAGUUUGGUUUGCCGAAAGCGAGGAGACGAGCGUUACAAAUGCCGUGCAAAUCCUUAGCAACACAAAUGGUCGCGAUAAUCAUGUGAUUAAUCAGGUUGGCAUAUUGCUACGCGAGCUAUGCCGUUUACAUAAUGUUCCACUGCCACCCGAUAUUGAUAAUUUAACGCUGCCACUACAGACGCCGCCGCCGUCCGCAUCGCCGUUACGCUUGGAGCGUUCCGGCGGCGGGGGCGUUGGCGGUGGGGGGCCGGGGCCGCAUGGCAACGAGGAGACCGAUUCAGAUCAGGACGAGAUUGAGGAUCCGAUCGGUGAGAGCGAACAGGAGAGCGAGGGCGACGAGGAUCUACCAUUGGAAAUGGACGAUGUACGGAAUACAAAUAAAAAAGAUGAUAUGGAGGUGGAACAUUUAGCGACUUUAGAAAGACUGCGUCAAAGUCAAAGACAAGACUAUUUAAAAGGUUCAGUUUCUGGUUCAGUGCAGGCAACCGAUCGCCUCAUGAAGGAACUACGUGAUAUUUAUCGAUCCGAUGCGUUCAAGAAGAACAUGUACUCGAUUGAGCUGGUUAACGAUUCCAUAUAUGAAUGGAAUAUACGCCUCAAAUCUGUCGAUCCGGACAGUCCCCUGCACAGCGAUCUGUUGCAGCUGAAGGAGAAGGAGGGCAAGGAUAGCAUACUGCUGAAUAUACUGUUCAAGGAGACAUAUCCGUUCGAGCCGCCCUUUGUUCGUGUCGUGCAUCCCAUCAUCUCAGGUGGCUAUGUGCUAAUCGGCGGUGCCAUUUGCAUGGAACUGCUGACCAAACAAGGCUGGAGUUCCGCCUACACAGUCGAAGCCGUGAUCAUGCAAAUUGCCGCGACGCUGGUCAAGGGCAAGGCGCGCAUACAAUUUGGUGCUACCAAGGCGCUCACCCAGGGCCAAUACAGCUUGGCAAGGGCCCAACAAAGCUUCAAAUCGCUGGUGCAGAUCCACGAGAAGAACGGUUGGUUCACGCCGCCAAAGGAGGAUGGCUAAGGUUUGUUUGUCGUUUAAGUGUUGUUCUAUAAGCUUAAGGGGGAACGGACGUUUGCCAAAUUCGUCGCCGAGCUCAUCCAUAUAAAGAACCUAACCCAAACAAAUACCAGACACAUGCGGCCAGAUUGGCCACAUCCGAGUGUAUCAGUAGUAGAAGAAGAAGACGCCUCAGAGCCGGCGCAGCGACAGCCACAGCAGAAGCAGAAGCAGAAGCAAAAGCAACAGGAAAAAUAAAAUGCAGCAUGCAAAAUCGAACCCGCCAUUCAAACAUUAUUUCUAUAAUGAACGUUGCCGUCGUCGUUCACGUCGUUAAGUUCUGCAAUUUGUGUAUACUUGAUAAAUACAUGCUAACACACACACACACACACAUACACACAUACAUACAUAAUGCAAAUAAAUCGAAUUAAGAUUGUAA